GCCGCGUUCGCUAGCUCUCGCGCGCUAGCCAGCCCGCCCUCUCCGCGCGCGCUUGGCAGCCCGACGACGCGGGAGCCUCACAAGCCUGACGAGGCUUGCUGCGCUCAUUACCACCGAGCGCCGGUCCGCUAAGGCGGAGAAAAUGAAGAACGAAAUCGCUGCUGUAGUCUUCUUUUUCACAAGACUAGUUCGAAAACAUGAUAAAUUGAAAAAAGAAGCAGUUGAGAGGUUUGCUGAGAAAUUGACCCUGAUACUUCAAGAAAAAUAUAAAAAUCACUGGUAUCCAGAAAAACCAUCAAAAGGACAAGCCUACAGAUGCAUUCGUGUCAAUAAGUUUCAGAGAGUUGAUCCUGAUGUCCUGAAAGCCUGUGAGAACAGCUGCAUCUUGUACAGUGACCUGGGCUUGCCAAAGGAACUCACUCUAUGGGUGGACCCAUGUGAGGUGUGCUGUAGGUAUGGAGAGAAAAAUAAUGCAUUCAUUGUUGCCAGCUUUGAAAAUGAGGAUGAGAACAAGGAUGAGAUUUCCAAGAAAGUUACCAGGGCCCUUGAUAAGGUUACCUCUGAUUAUCAUUCAGGAUCCUCUUCUUCAGAUGAAGAAACAUGUAAGGAAGUGGAAGUGAAACCGAAUUCUGUGGCUGCGACCCCCAGCCCUGUGUACCAGAUUUCGGAAUUGAUAUUCCCACCUCUUCCAGUGUGGCACCCGUUGCCCAGAAAAAAGCCAAUAAUGUAUCGAGGGAAUGGCAAUCAAAGUCACUACCCUCCUCCCAUUCCAUUUGGUUAUCCAAAUCAGGGACGGAAGAAUAAACCAUAUCGCCCGAUUCCAGUAACAUGGGUACCUCCUCCUGGAAUGCAUUGUGACCGCAAUCAUUGGAUUAAUCCUCACAUGUUAGCACCUCACUAGCUGCUUUUGUCUGUUGGUGUCAUGUUGAGAGAAGGUAGAAUAAGCCUGACUACGCAUUAAAAGUUCAUACUUAAAGUAGUAAAGUUAGAUGGGCUAAACCAUCAAACUUAUUUUUAUAGAGAAGUUAUUAAGAAUAAUCUUUUCUUAAAAAUAUAUAUGCACUUUAGAUAUAUUGAUAUAGUUUGAGAAACUUUAUAAAAGUUAGUCAAGUGCCUGAGUUUUUAAUAUUAAACUUGAGUAUUUAUAUAUUGUGCAUCAGCUCUGUUGCUUAUGAGGAUACUGUAGGAGUGGAUGAUCUGUUCUAGCACCUUUGAGCAUUUAUGGAAAGUAUGUAAGUUAUUUAUACACAUGGAAAUCUAUUUUAUGUUGUUUAGAAGAAUUGCAUAAAAUCAUGUAGUUGCAAAUAAAAAGUAGUUUGAGGCAUGCCAAUGUGUGCUUCUGUUCUGUGUACAAACAGAGAAGAGUGAAAGGGAUAUCUCACUGCAGUGUGUUUAAUUAAAUAUUUAGCAAAGAAAAAGCAAUGUAGCAAUUUCUAUUUUUCUUUAA